AUGGAUGACGUGGACAUCUAUGGCGAUCUCCUGCCCGCGCAGCCCAAGGCAGUCGCCAAGGCUGGGCCCUCGCCCUCAGUGCCGGACCCACGGCUGGCAGAGGCCGCCGACAAAGCGGAGCGCGGUGCUGGCAGAGCCACUGCGGAGCGGCCUUUUCGACCGCGAGCCCGAAACUUGGUUUGGAAGGCACCCGGAUUGGAGAGCCCUGCGGUGACCCGCAAGGAGGCCCAGGUGCCAAAGGACAGCGACGAGCCCGAGGUGGUGGUGCUGGAUGAUGCGGAGCCGCCGCCUCCACCGGCGCAGCCCGCGGAGGCCAAGCCAGCGGAGUCGCCGCCAGCCUCCGCACCCCCCGCGCAGUCUCCUGCACCGGCUGCCGCCGUCGCUGAAGCAGUGGCGGAACCGAAGCCGAAGGAUUUUGCGACUCUGCAGAAGGAAUUGCAGGCAGAGGAGGCCUCUGCGGCCCCUGGCAGCCCGGUCUCCGAAGGGGCCGCAGAUCUGGACCCGGACAUGGAGGACGGCGGUGUGAUCUCUGAUGGGACGGAAGGAAGCGAGGACGGCGAGAUUCACCUCGGAGAGGUGCGCGCUUCCGAAACAGGCACAGCGGCUCCCCACUUUCGGCGUGCUCAGGAGAAGGGCGAUUCUGCACCCUCAUCUGGUGGCAUGGGGCCCAAGGGGCCAAGGAUCAAGAAGAAGGAGAUUCUGCUGUUUAUCGGGCCGCCACCGCCGUUGGCACCACUUGGUCAGCCUGGCGAGAGCAGUUCGCUGCUGAUUGGAGGCCUCCCGUGGUGGCUGACUGACACGGAGCUGCGAAGGUAUGGCGAGCAGUACGGCCAGGUCAGGCGACUGAGGAUCCUGGACUUCGCUGGCAGCGGCAAGUCCGCCGGCGUCGCGCUCCUGGAAUUCGCGCAAGCGGAUGCUGCGAGGCAGGCACUUCGCCCUGACGGCCUUUGCCGACCCCAACUCUGGCGGCCUCUCGGAGCUGCCCCACGCGCCGCGGCCGUUGGCGGUGAGCUUCGGGGGCGACUGCGGGAAGGCACGGUGCCGUGGCUGGACGGGGGCCCAUGCAGCGAGGACCUACGGGCGAUGCUGCUAAGACAGUGCGGCAUCUCGGCUCCCGCACCGCGCCGAUCACCCCCGCGCCACUCCCGGCCGCGGCCGCCGCCAAGGGCGCCAGCAAAGCGCGCGCCGGAGGAGAGUCCUGCCAGCUGGGCAGAGAAGCUCAAGAAGCUCAAGAGCAACGUCAACUCGCGGCUCGACUCAAAGUGA